GUCAUCGUCGUCUCCGUCGUCGUACCGUUUGUUUUUGUUUACCGUCGCUUAUCGCGUAUCAGCCAAAAGCGUCGCCGAAAUUUUACCCCGAUUUUACUCAUCAUUUUGUUCAGUUUUGUGUGGUUUCUGUUUUCCCCCGAAAAAAUCAGCGAAAGAGAAAGUUUUUUUUCUGUUUUGUGAUCCAUAUUUUCUGUCGCUGCAGGCAGCAGUCGACAUAAGAGUUUGCAGCAGCGGAGAAUCUCUGAACCCAGAAGCGGGUCCGGCCACUACUGAUAAGAAGCAAUGGUGAUAAACGGCGUUGUCGUCAAUAUUAUUGGUGAUUGUACCUUUUCCUAAGCUAGCAUUACUAAUCCUGUUGGUUUGGGAUUGAGUUGCGCAGUGCCUGGACUACCUCUCCCAUUGUACGGUCUGCUUUUGGAUGGUGUCGAAGUGGAUUGUGAUUUUUGGUUAAAUAAUUCCUGUUUUGUGAUACUUCUGGAGAAGUGAUGGUCGAUCUUUCGCUGCAGACAAAUGAGGAAGGGAAACGAUUGGGUCGUGGACUGUCCGGCGUUGAUAAAUACGAACUAGAAUGGCGUAACAUCCUGGACAUCGCAAACGACGAGACCCUCUACGACCUGCGCCACGCUGCUGUGCGUGGAGAUCUCCGGGCGUCCCCCUUCCGAAGCAUUUGUUGGGCUGUGUUCUUGGGCGUCCUCAAGUCGCCCUCGAAAGAAUGGAUCCACCAACGGGAAUCCAGCCGAAGGGAGUAUUCCGACCUGAAAAGCAAAUACAUGCUGAACCCGCACGCCAAUUCGGACGGCGGUGAUGAUCCGCUCUCACAGUCGAAGCAAAGCCUGUGGAAUCAGCACUUCUGCGACCAGGAGCUGUGUGCCGUCAUCAAGCAGGACGUGGUUCGAACCUUUCCCGGGGUGGACUUUUUCCGAAAGCAGCACAUACAGGAGAUGAUGAUCAACAUUUUGUUCUGCUACGCGCGCAAGUAUCCGACCAUGUGCUACAGGCAGGGCAUGCACGAAAUUCUGGCGCCAUUGAUCUUCGUAAUACAUAGCGAUCAGCAAGCGCUGGAACAUAUUCGGGAGCUGCACCCUGACGUUGACCAAAACCUCAUAGCGGUUCUUGACCCUAAUCAUAUCGAAAAGGAUUCAUUCGCCGUUUUCUCCAAAAUCAUGGACAAGAUUGCAUCCUUCUAUCGCAUCACAGAUCUGGUUCCAACGGCCACCGGUUACUUUCCUGUGGUGACGUCUGCCUCCCCAUCAAGCCCCGAUCCGGCGGCUUCGAGUAGGCCAAAUCGCAAGCCCGACAUCGAAGUGGUGGAACAACUUAACUACAUCAAAGACCGAAUCCUCAUCAAGGAGGAUCUACACCUUCACAACCACCUGCUGAAGCUGGACAUUCCGUUGGCGCUUUUCGGCAUCCGUUGGCUUCGGCUGCUGUUCGGAAGAGAAUUCGCUCUCCAGGACCUGCUGCUGCUGUGGGACGCCAUCUUCGGCGAUAGCGAAGAGUUAAGCUUGAUCAAUUUUAUCGUCGUUGCAAUGUUAAUUAGGAUUAGAGAUAAGUUAAUUUACAGUGAUUAUACAACUUGCCUGACAUACUUAAUGCGCUAUCCGACGAAUGCCGACGUAUCCCUGAUCAUUCGGCACGCCUUGCACAUGAAAUCUCCCAAGAUUUACGAGCGACCACCAGGAGCGAUGGUCUACGUCUCGUCGCCACCGGCGAAAAAACCUCUCCAGCAACCUGUGAUGCGUUCCAAGAACAUUGAAAUGGAUUAUCUGAAAUACUCGACAUUGCCGCACGUGCAGAAACGACAUCUGGCGCCAUCCGAACACCACAUUAGUCGGACCAAUGACCGGAUACGGACAUCAUCGCUUCCUCGUGAUGCUGGGUCCAGUUCAGCCAGAUCCUUAACAGCCAUGGAACUGAGGGAGAAGGCAGCGUUGGCAGCUAAGAAAGCAGCGGCCGCAUCCAACCAGGGGGACGUUCUCAAAGAUUCCAACGUCAGUGACGGAUAUUUAGAAAAUGACCCCGAGCUUUUAAAACUUGAACUCCAAGAGGCCUACAAUAUCAUGUCCGUCAGUCGGAAGAAACUCUUACAGUAUCUCCAGGUGCUCCGAAGGCACACCCAACCCGGUAACCCUACCGGACGAGUGCAGCAGACCCUCGAGGGUAUCGAGGAGAUAUGUUCUCUGCUGAAGCCUCGCUACGAUACAGUCUUUCGGGCGCCGGCUCCAAUCGACACCGCCACGGAAGCCAACGAAGACCAUUCCCAGCUGAACCGUUUGGCGACGGCACCGCUGACCGCUCAACGGGUGCAAACGCCUCCAACCAGCCUGAACUUGCAACGUUCGUACAACUACGAUCUAGACUGCAGGCGAAACAGUGCAGCUAGCGUAUCGCAGUACGAGAUACCCGAGGAUCGCUACAGCGGAAUCGCAACGAAGAAGCUUGCCAACCGCAAGGAGGUAGAGAUGCACGUUUUCCAGCAGGAUUUUACCGACCGCACUCGACGCAUCGACGACAAGGAAUUUCCUUCCGCUAAUCCCCUCAGGACUGGGCGUCGCAGCUCCGAAUGACGAUAGCAGGAAUAAUGAACAUAGAUUGCCUACACGAGUAUUACCGCUGUUAACACUAUAAUAUCUAACGUCGACGUCAACGACUAGCAAGGAGGGAGAUAGUCCUUCUACGAAUACAAUAAUUUAUACACAUUGAGUAGUGAUGGCACGUUCUUUACGCUAUCGAUAUUACCUGUUUAGCCACGCGAACAAGUUUCAAAUCUAUGAAUAAAUAAAAUACAGUUUAUGGUUUAGGUUGAUAA